AUGGCUGAUAAAGAACAAAUAACAAUGCCUUAUUUAAAUUUUAGUAUUAAUUAGCCAAAUAAUAUAUUAAGCAUUUCAAAAUAUGUAGAAUAUUAAAAUUAGCGAACAUUUGACUCCUUAAAAACAUAGAUCUAUGGAAUAAUUAUUAAAAUCUCCAGGAAUUUAAGAACUCGUCAAAGAUUCUGUGAAAUCAGUUUUAAAUAAUCCAAAUCAUAUAACAUAAUAUCGAUAUGAAAAUUUAGAUAGAUCUGAAAGUCCAAUGCCUUCAUAAUAAUUGCCAAAACUAGAGAGAUUUAACAAUACAAAUGUUUUGAAGUAGAUUCAUCAUCUUAAAAAGAAUAAGAGUAAUUAAAAUUAUCUAUAAUAGAUGCCAAUUCUCCAAAAUCUUAUAAAAAAUCUUUUAAUCUACAUUAGAAAUUUAAGUAGGGUCGCUUUUUAUAGAUGUUUCCUUAGGUUGAUGGUUAGAAUACAUUAAAUAUUUAAUCUAAACCAAUUCAUGUGAUAAGUAUUAUAGUAGAUAACAUUAGAAAGAAUUAAAUUAUAGGAGGCAUUUCUAAAUAAUUCUAUGGAUACUAAAGUAGAGAGAGAUAUAAUAGAAAAGUUGAAAUAAAAGAUGGAGAUUGAUAGAUAAAACAGAUUGAAUGAUAUAGAAACUGUAAAAGCUUUAAAAUUAAUUGAACCUAGAAAAAAUUCAUAAUUGUUAAAAACAUCUAGAAAUUCAAAAUUUGAAAAUAUAUCUAAUAUAACUGGCAUGUCUUUAUCAUAAUAAAUGCCUUAAUUGACAGGACCAAUAAUAUUGCAACCAUUGUAGUAAUAAUAACAAUAAUAAAUAUAAUAAUAAUAAAAAGUGUCAAAAUAGAAAAAAAAAAAAUAAAAAAAGUUUGAUGGAAUAUAUUUUAUUGAUCCAAAAUACCCUUAAGAUGUUGUAUUUUAAGAAAAAUAUGCUUCUAUGAGACAUUAUUUUAAUAUUUUGAAUCUAUCAAAUUGUAUAUUUGUUUAACCAACAUUAAACAUUUAUAAGGCAUAUGUUGGUAAAGGUAAUAAUGGUAUGUUAGUCAGAUAAAUAAUAAAAUAUCGUUGGUGGUGGAGUAUAUAAGAUGAGAUGGAAUAAUGUCAUUUUGUUUGGACUCAAUUAAAAGUGAAUUAGAUUCAUGAGAAUAUGAAAUCAUUAAAUAGAAAUCCAAAUGAAUAAAAUACAUGUUAAAGUGCAUCUUCUUCUAUUACAACAAUAGGAUCAAUAGGACUAAAUAAAUAAGAUGAUUAAAGUGAUAAUGAAUAAUAGAUAAAAAAUAAUAAAUUAGUAAAUUCUUAAUGGAUUAAAUUUAUAUCUAUUAAUGAGAUUAGAUAAUAUAGUUAAAUAUUGAAUGGAUAAGGAAGAUCUUCUAAAUUAUUAACAUUAGAGUAAGCAUAGAAUAUUAAGUCUAAAUUAUAAAUUUAUAAUGAGCCUAUAAAGGUUCAUAAUCAUUUGGAAAACAAUUUUCAUUUAGGUAAUAAAAAGGCUUUAUUUUAUAAUAUGAAAGCAUAUUAUGAAUCAUAGAAUAUAAAUGUAUUUGAUAAUUUACCUGUUACUUAUCAUAUUAAAAGUUAAGAUGGUCCAGAAUAUUAAUAAUUUUUGGAUGCAUAUAAAGAGAGAUAAUAGUUAAUAAUAAAUUAAGAAUAAGAUAAACGUAGAAAUAUAUGGAUAAUAAAACCAGGAGAAAUAACAAAUAGAGGCAAUGGAAUAAAAAUUUCAGAAGAUUUGAAUGAAAUAUAAUAAAUAUUGAAUUCAAGGGAAAUGCAUAAAAAUGGAAGUUACAAAACUUUUAUAGUUUAAUUAUAUAUAGAUCGUCCAUUACUUUAUAAUAAAAGAAAGUUUGAUAUAAGAUGUUAUAGUAUGUAUGUUUCAAUAAAUGGAAAUUAAAAGGGUUAUUGGUAUACAGAAGGUUAUGUUAGAACAUCAAGUAAAGAAUUUUCAAUGAAGAAUUUAACAAAUAAAAUGAUUCAUUUAACAAAUGAUGCAGUUUAAAAGAAAGGAGAAGAUUAUGGAAAAUAUGAAAAAGGGAAUAAGGUAAGUUUUGAAGAUUUUGCAAUUUAUAUAGAGAAUUUAGGAGGAGAUUUUACUAAAAUAUAUUAAAAAAUGAAAGUAUAAUUAUAAUAGUAUAUUAUUAGUAAAUGGCAACAGAUUAAUUUAGAGCUGUUUAUGGUAAAAUGGAUUAGAAUAAAAAAGAGAAUACAUUUGAAAUAUUUGGAUUAGAUUUCAUGAUUGAUGAAUAAUUUAAAGUAUUAAUGAUUGAAGCUAAUACUAAUCCAUCAAUUGAAAUAUGUUGUCCAUUAUUAUCUAAAUUAAUACCAUAAAUGUUAGAUAAUGCAUUUAAGUAAUAAUUAUAAAUAAUUUAAGAAUAUGUUUAGAUCCUAUAUUUCCACCACCUAAUUUUUAUAAUCCAAAGAAGAUUAUUUGUGAUAAUUAUCUUGAUAAUAAAUUUGAAUUGGUUUUUGAUGAAGUUACAGAUGCACCACUUUUAAAUUAAACUUAAUAAAAUUGUAAUUCUUGUUUAUAUUAUAAGAUGAUAUUGGACUUAUAGAAGAAGAAUCUGAAGAAGAAGAAGAAGAACCUUAAUGA